AUGCUGGCGAGAGCGGCCACCGAUGCUCUGAGCAAGUCCCGGCCAGUCUUCAGGUUCAAGGGCUGCCUCCAUGCACCACCUCCGCCAUCAGCGCGCACCCUAUCCGCCGCGGCCGCUCCACCCACCAACGACGAUCUUGCGCUCGUAACGCUGUUCGACCAGCCUCCUCCGCUGCCUCGCCUCUCUUCCCGCGCUCACACGGGCAUAUUCGGUCACUCCGUCCUGCAAUCGCCAGCGGGCUUCCAUGCUCUUGCGGACGCGACCCUCCAUAGAGCACGGCUACUCACGGACCGCAUCCUUCGUGCCCGAGAGUCCAGAGAUGAACUCCUCAAAGUUGUCAAGAACCUGGACCGCCUCAGCGACCUGCUGUGCGGGGUCAUUGACCUCGCAGAGCUUGUCCGUAACGCGCAUCCGGAUGCGCUGUGGAUAAACACCGCCAAUGACGUGUAUGAGAGGUUAUGCGAGUUCAUGAACGUGCUCAAUACGGACGUCGGCCUCUACGAAGUCUUGAAAGCCACUCUAAACGACGCCUCGAUCGUUUCGACACUUAGUGAAGAAGCUCGGCAAACCGCCCUCAUAUUCUGGCGCGACUUUGAAAAGUCUGGCAUAAAUCUGCCCCCAGAACAACGAAAUCGUUUCGUCUCUCUGUCCUCAGAAAUCUUGGUACUUGGCCGACACUUCCUCAACGAAACCACCUCGGCCAAGCCUCCGGCGAGGAUCGAAAGGUCGGAGUUGGAAGGCUUGAAGGACAAGGGCAUGGGCGUACGCCUUCAACUACAAGCACAAUUCACCAGGCGCGAACUACUCGUCUAUCCGGGGUCCCUGCAAGCGCAGAUGAUCAUGCGCUCCGCUCCCUCAGAAGAGGCUCGGAGAAAGGUUUAUAUCGCCAGUAACUCCAGCUCCCCGGAACAGAUUGAAAUACUUGAACGACUUCUCAGGGCGCGCGCGGAGCUUGCACAGCUGGUUGGGAAGGACAGUUUCGCGCAUAUGGCUCUGACGGACAAGAUGGCUAAGUGUCCAGAGAACGUGCAUCAUUUCUUGAGCGCGCUGAUGGAUUACACGAAACCGUACGCAAGGCGUGCUCUCCGGAUGCUGAGCCACAGAAAGCAAGCGCAUCAUGGGACAGGACCGGAGCCGAUCAUCCAGGCUUGGGACAGAGAUUACUAUUGCCCUCCCGAACCGCCGGCGCCCCCAAUUCCGCUGCCGCCGCUUACUCUGGGAACCGUAUUCAUGGGACUUUCUCGUCUAUUCAAACACAUCUAUGGAAUAACCUUCCGACCCGCUGAUGUCGCAUCGGGCGAAGUCUGGCAUACGGAUGUCCGUAAACUAGAGGUACUGGACGAGGAAUGCGGUGUGAUAGGUUGGAUAUAUGCAGACCUCUUCGCUCGGAGGGGAAAGGCCAGUGGGGCUGCUCAUUACACCGUUCGUUGCUCACGGCGCGUGGACCAUGACGACCUCGCUGGUGAUUAUCGCGUCAGUAGUCAUGCUGGCCCCGGCGAGGAUCUGCUCGGCAAGGUCUCCGACGAUUUCGAAGCAGCGCACCGACGGCAAAUACGCGGCCACGAGGGUAUAUACCAACUUCCGGUCGUUGUGCUCUUAUGCGAGUUCCCUCGGCCUUCGAUAACUCGUGGACCGACCGUUCUCGAAUGGCACGAGGUUUUAACUCUGUUCCACGAGAUGGGCCACGCUAUGCACUCUAUGAUAGGACGCACGGAGUACCAGAACGUCUCAGGGACGCGAUGUGCAACAGAUUUUGUUGAGCUUCCGUCCAUUCUCAUGGAACAUUUCCUCAAUUCUUCGGCCGUUCUGGGUCUCUUCGACAAGAAUGACGGCGUUCUAACCGCGCAAGUUGGUAACCACCAUGAAGACCCCUGCCGUUCCAUCGACACGCAUACUCAAAUGAUGCUUGCCGCUCUCGAUCAGAUCUAUCAUUCAUCGGCCGUCCUGAAUCCAAAUUUCGAUUCUACCGCAGCCUUGGCGAGAUUAUACGAUGACCAGGGAUUGAUCCCUUACGUACCAGGAACCUCAUGGCAAACUCAGUUCGGCCACCUUUUCGGCUACGGUGCGACGUAUUACUCAUACCUGUUCGACCGAGCCAUCGCCUCGCGCGUUUGGCGCGAGUUAUUCGCCUCCGAUCCUCUCAACAGGAACGUCGGCGAAAGGUACAAGCAAGAAGUUCUGCGACAGGGGGGUGCAAAAGAUCCCUGGAUCAUGGUCGGAAAAUUGCUGCACGCGCCGGAACUGGCCGAUGGUGAUGCGGAGGCUAUGAGGAAGGUCGGGAUGUGGAGAAUUGAGGAUGACGUUUCUGUCCCGGGUCGGCAUUGAAAUACUGCCGUAUUCCCUCAGUUAUAUGGCAGGCAGUGACUUCUGUGGAUGUACUUUCCGGCUUAGUAGUGCAUACGAGAGAAA